GUGUAAACAAUAACAAACGAAUACUGCGAGCUGAUUGGCUGUUCCGUCCUGAACCCAGCAUGGUCGAAGGUCAGAGUAUGGUGUUUCGCAGUAAAUUUAAACAUGGAGUCCAUCUUUCAUGAAAAACAAGAGGGCUCCCUGUGUGCUCAGCAUUGCCUUAACAACCUUCUGCAAGCAACCAUCUGGUAACAUGGAUGACAGUGGUUUCUUUUCUAUACAAGUUAUCAGCAAUGCGUUAUCAGUGUGGGGUUUGGAGCUGACUCUCUUCAACAGUCGAGAGUACCAGAGGCUUAUGAUAAACCCAAUAAAUGAAAAGUCAUUUAUAUGCAACUACAAGGAGCACUGGUUUACAAUAUGAAAACUUGGGCGACAGUGGUUUAAUCUGAAUUCGUUAUUGACUGGACCAGAGCUGAUAUCAGACGCAUACCUAGCCCUCUUCCUUGCACAGUUACAGCAAGAAGGGUAUUCCAUAUUUGUGAUCCGUGGAAAUCUCCCAGGGUGUGACGCAGAGCAGAUACUGGGGAACAUGAAGGUGCAGCAGCAAGAGAGACCAAAGCUGAUUGGAGAGAAUGAGGCUCAGUCGAGUAGUGGCAUGGGCAGGUCAUCAGGGCAGGGUAGUGUGCUGGAGACAGGCCCUGGUGUGGAAGAGGGGGUGGUGGAAGAGAAUGAGGAGGAGCUGAGGAAGGCCCUGGCCCUGAGUACACAAGACAUGGAGGUGGAGGAUGAAGAGGCUGACCUUCGCAGGGCCAUACAGCUCAGCAUGCAGGGGCCAGUAAUGAGUGAUAAGUCAAUGUCGAAAAGGGGGCUUGUUGCCAAGACAACAUCGUCAGACCAGGCACCAGGGAGUAUUGCAGGGGGAGCAUCUCAGAGUGAGAACCUCUCAGCCGAGGAACUGCGAAGGAGGAGACAAGCCUACUUUGACAGACAGUCCCAACAGCUGGCUCAGCCCACUUCAUCUAAACAAUCUACAGAAAGCACAGAAUCCGGGAAGAGUGUCACAGAGGAGGAUGCACAAGCCAAACGCAGACAGUAAGGUGGAGGGAGGUCCAGCAGAAGCCUACGUUGACUACUACCUGCCUUGGCUGGUACCCUCAUCACGGGGAAACCUCAUCCCCUCGAACUCUUCCCAUGAGCGAACAUUAUGGCCGGCCAGAAGGUUGACACGGUUCUCUUGGCUAGUUUGCUGACAGCUUGUAGAGAAGAAAAUAACAACAAUUUUAAAAAGCACUAGUCUCAUCUAACACAAGUGACGCUGAGGCCGGGAAGAGGGACGAUGCAGUUAUUUGAAGCCAGUGAUGGCCUUUCUACCACAGCGCCUUCUUUGUCUAACUAUUGCAGGUUGGGGGGGUUUAUUCCUACACAUGUUAUCUUCCUCUGGGAGGGGUCUUAAUGGAGCCUACUGUGCCGAGGUGUGUGUGGUAGAUGGGCACAAUGGUGAGGUGUGUUACAGACAGGAAACCAGGAAUUACCUAAGAUAAUCCUCUAGCCUUCAGUAUGGGAGUGCAAUCAGAGUCUCUUGUCUUCUUUCACUUGGGUCUUGUAAGAGGUCACCAUUUCCCUAACAAAAACAAAUAAAUGAUUGGUACCCAGUAGUGAGGUGAAUUCAUUAUUAGCUGUAUUAGUGCAUCAUGAAAAGAAACAUGUUAUAUAAACAGCAUUAUGUAGUGUGGGUUAUUUUAAAGGGCUGACCUGAUUUGCCACAGCUAUUUUAUUAGGCACCCAGGCCACCACCAUGGUUCACAAACUGAUUUGUUUUUUUGAAGUAGUGUAGAUAAACACUUUUAGUAAAAUGAUCAAUGUCGCUAACAAUUAUGGUGUUUACAUGGAAUUGUCCAGUUUGGAUGUGCCAGUUCAAAGCAUGUAUUACACAUGACCCCCCCCCCGCAUUAAAAUAGAACUACAGUACAGUAAUAUCCCAUGUAACGUUUGAGAUGUGCUCAAAGUUGACUUCUCUGCUAAUUCCUUGAUUUCAAUCUAUUCUUGAAAUUGUUCUCGUAUUUAUUAGAGAACAACAUUUUUACUACAGUUGUGAUGUUUUUUAUGAUUGCAUAAUUUUCACUUCUUGACAUUCUUCAAUAGGCACUAAACAAUCAAAUGUUUGUUAUACUCCACAACACCAUGUUAUUACAUCAUGCUCAUUCCUUUGCUCUAUCUAAAACUUUUCUUUCCAGGAAUAAAAUUAUAUUUGCUCCUA